AUGCUGGGCUCACAGGCAGGCCUCACCGUGAAGAACUGGGACAAAAACAUCCUACCAACGUUCUUCGACGGAGAGUGCAACCCCCUUGCCAAUACGAACGAUGAUCCGCAUUUCCGGGGCGCAGAUGGCACCCAAUACGACUUCAAUGGCCUUCUCGACCGCUCCUUCUGCUUGCUGUCCGACCGUCGGAUCCACAUCAACAUGGGAAUCAAGGGCUACCAGCCCAUCGCGAAUCUCCCCGGCACAGCGACAUCAUUGGACGAGGAGUCGCUCGCUGCAGCGCUGGAAGCGGCGGCCAAUGAGAAGAAACCACGUCAUAUCAGACAGCUGGAGCAGGAGCAGCUGAGCGUGGAGGAACUGAGCGAGCUGGAGAGGAUGCGGGCCAAUGGGAGCCUGCCGUUGACUGCUGAGGUGGUGGCUGCUCUUGACCGGGAGAUGGGUCGUCGCAGCGGCGGAAAUGGAGGGGAAGAGGAGCAUCACUCGAUUCAGUAUGAGAAGGAUGAGCUGAAGAAGAGGCUUUUAAAAGCAAAACCGAUUCGCAGUUGGAUCAGGGAGCUCCAAGUGAUGUGGCGCGAUUCGACUGGCGCGCAGCACUCUGUAUUCAUCAAGGCGCGAGACGGCAAGGAGCAAGGGAGGGGCAGCAGCGGGUUCAUCGACCGACUGGAGCUCGACGGCUCGCCAGUGGCCCCGCCUCUGUCCGAAGGCUCUUCCAUCACUGGCAGCGGCGGGUUCAAGCUGCUUCUGGCGGAGACACGGAGCUGCAAGGGGAAGGACGAGGACGAGUUUCAUCUCACGAUCGAUGGACUGGUGGCCAUGGGCAUCAUGGCACGUUUGGCGCAUCCGCUCAUGCAGACGGCUACAGAGGCCCAGGCGCAUUUCAACGUCCACAUUGCCCGGCUGAACCCUGAUAACUUUUUGUCACAUUGUCACAGGCAAUCAUCCUCGCUUCAACCAUCUCCCUCCUCUAUCCUCCCUCUGGACGCCCCUCUCCUCGUCCCUUCUGCAGCACACAAAAGCACACGAGUGGCAUUCACGUCCCAUGCACAUUGUCCCAUGCACUCACCUUCCUUUCACCCAACUCCCUCCUCUGUCCCCUCCUCUCGCCCCCUUUCUCCCUCCUCCCCUCUGCAGCACACGAGCGGCAUUCACGGCGUGCUGGGUCAGACCUUCCGAGCCGAGGAGUCCCGCAAGGUGCGCUCGCUGCGGUACCGCCUGCUGACCCGCCUGCUGCGCGAGCCGGUGGAGGUGGAGAGCGAGAGUGGCAGGGGAUUCCUGGAUGGGCGCACGGAGGACUACAUCACCUCCGAUAUUCACUCCGCGGAUUGCAUGUAUGCCGCUGCAUGGCGCAGGGAGGAACACGAGAGCAGCGAUGGAAGCGAUUUCAUGUGA